AUCCCACCUAUGAGGCUAGGCGUCAUGUGUUUAAGGUACAAAAGGGGCAUUUUACUUCAUUAAUCUUCGUUUGCGCAUAUGGCAGCUUAUUUUUGCACACUUAAUAAGGAUACAACUAGACAACGGAAAAGACUUGGGGAAGAUGUCACAUCUCAUUCUACUGCUAACAAGGCUAAGGAGUUAGUCUUUUCAGUCGAUACCUCCAAACCUGACUUGAAGUUGCUGAAAGAGGCAUAUGGCUUGUUGUCCUCUAGAGAGAAGCAUGACUUUGAGGUCCAAUUUUGGUGCAUCGGGGAUCUAUUAUCAGUGGUGUCGGAUUGGAACUUGUUUCGAGCUAUGUUGAAAUUCUAUGUCCCUCAAUAUCAAGCUUUUGUGUUCCCACAGUUUGAGUUGGUACCCACCAUUGAUGAGUAUCAUCACUUCCUGCGGUGUAGUCCUACGGUGGAUUCUUUUACCUUCACUCCUCAAGCACAACAUUUGAAGUUCACACUAGAAAAAGUUCAAGAAAUGUUGCAAGCUAUGUGGAGGAAUUUAUGGCAUGGUGAUCUUCCCUAUCUAUGUCAAGACCAUUGCACCUAUGUUGGUAGCUUUUUUGAGCAAUUGUUGCACACUUCGGCAUUUAAUCCUGCUUCUAUAGUGGUAACUAGAACUUUGUGGGCUAUGAAAGAAAUUCGGGCUAAAAGAUCCAGCCGCUUCUCGAGUUGCAUUGAUUUGUUCACUGCAUGGGCACAUGGUCACUUGAAGGGUCCUCAAUUUGAAGCUUUAUUCAGCAUUCCUGUGAAAGAUAGAAAGACGGAGAAUUGGCAUCGAUCACUUCUAGCAGCAAUUGUUAAUGAUGUCGGAUUUGUUCUCCCGACUUGGAAUGCUACUCAAUAUCUUGCUACACUCGAGGGACAUCACUCUAUUCCUUUGUUGGGUAUUCAUGGAGGGGUUACAUAUUCAAUGGAGUUGGCAUCUUGUCAGUUUGGAAAAGCACAAAGCAUUCUCUAUCUUGAUGACACAUUACAGUCACACUUUGAUUACAUGUCUUCCCCAGCAAUUGUAUCUAAAGCGCAUGAGGUGUGGGAGAAAUGUAGGAUGCUACCUAUAUGGAAAGAGAAUGGGACUAGACCUCAAUAUGAGCAAUGGAGAUCGAGUUGGAUAGCUAAGCUUUCUUUGCCAUGGGAGGUGACAAAUACAAAAAACUCCAUCAUCAUGUACUUAACCACUAAGUUGAAACCUAGCCAUGCUCAAAGAUGUCAGUUGCUAGAAAAGUAUGAUGAGUUAGCUCUUAAUCAUGAAUUGCUUAAAAGAGGGAAGGAGUUGUCCGAUCAACAAGUGGUAAAAGGUCUUCUAAUCAUAGCUCCAAGGCGAAAGUUCUUCAAAAAGCGGCGUUCUCCGUAUUUGCUCAGAUCUAGAGUUAUCAAAAUGUCUGAGGAAAAUGCUGCUACUAAUCUAGAAAAAUCAGUCGUUGAUGAGAGGGUUGAUAAGUUGGAAGCUACAGUGCAAACUAUGGCUGCUACUCUUCAGACCAUCAGUCUCACUUUGUCCACUUUGACUACUGGUUCGGUUCCUUCACCUGCAUCUUUAAUACUCACAAUACUAGUCCCACCUGUCCCUACCAUCACACCAAGUAAUCAUGCUAAGGAUCCCAUAGUCACACAAUUGCAAUUUCCACCUAUUUAUGAGAAUCAACCUUUAGUAGGGGAGUCAUCUUCACAUGCUCCACAAAUAUCAUCUUUGCCCUUUGAAGCCUCAUACCCACCAUUUGAGAUAAAUAACCCUACCUUGCCCAUAACCUCACCUCUUACCCUUAGCAUACCACCCUUGAUGGGACAAGUGCCAGCUAUUCAACCCAACCCCUCGAUUGUGAUGCUAAGGCCUGCUUUAAAAGAUGGGAAGUCAAGAGAGACAAAUUUCAAGUUCAAGCAGCCAGAUUUUGACAAGUAUGAUGGUUCAGGUUGUCCUUAUGUCCACCUGCAAAUGUAUGCUAGGAAGAUGGCUCCUUAUGCCAAUGAUGAGAGGGUGUUCAUUCAUUAUUUUCAAGACAAUCUCUCAGGUCCAACAAGUGUUUGGUUUUCAACACUUGACAAGAAGAAUAUUCACACUUUCAAAGAUGUGUCUCAAGCUUUAAUGAAGCAAUAUGAGUAUAAUAUGAAUUUGGCCCCUACAAGAGAUGGCUUGCAGAAAAUUACCAAGAAGAGUAAUGAGACUUUCAAAGAAUUUGCUCAAAGGUGGAGAUCUGAAGCAGCCAAAGUCAUUCCACCUCUUACCAACAGUGAAAUCUGCUCUCUUUUUAUCAAGUCAACUACCGGGACCUUCUGUGCAUGGCCAGCUCCUUGUGUCGGAUAUCCUUUUGCUCAACUAGUGAUAGUGGGUGAACAGAUUGAGGAGGGACUAAAGGCAGGUAUGAUUAUGGACUUUCAAACUAUCCAGAGGUCGAGACAGUUCACCAAGCUUCCAAUCCCUUAUAGUGAAGUGCUGAAACAGUUAGUGGCAGUGGGUUUGAUGCAGACAGUGCAAGCGAACCCUGUGCAACCACCUUAUCCUUACGGGUAUGAUCCACAAGCUAAAUAUCUCAUCGAUGAAGGAAAACUCCAACUUGAUGAAACUAAGAGUGUUCCAAACAUCACUCAGAAUCCUUUACCUCCACAUGGUGCACCCACCAUGAAUAUAAUUGCCCUUGAUGAAGUUGAUAGACCCGUAUUGGAGAAUGCUGGAUCAUGGUCUCUUAAUGAAUUAUUUGUCGUUUUGAUAGAGUAUGAUAUAAUUCAGCCGAUUGCACAAAGAAGCUUGAAUGUUCUGCCAAUGAUGAUUGAUGAUGCUGUGACAUGUCCUUACCAUUCCAAUAUGAAGGGGCAUGCUUUUGAGUCACUUGUGGGAAAGACAUCAUUUGUGGUUAUGCCUCAAUGCUCUACCAUCUUGAAUUCCAUAGCCAAUGAUGUGUCUAAUAUGAACCGCAGUGGUCGGUGCUAUGUGAGUCCUGAAGUGGGAGAAUCGAGAAGGGCUUCCUUGAAAUCAAAAGAUAUCGGAAUUGAAGAGAUGCCAGAAGAAUCACCCAAGAAGUUAGUGUCAGAAAAUGAAGUUGCAGAAUUUCUGAAUAUUUUGAGAAAGAAUGAUGAGAUUCCCAAUGAAGGAAAUGGACAUACUAAAGCUCUCCAUAUUUCGGCCCAAUGUAAGAUGAUGAAUGUGCCUCAUGUGUUGAUCGACAAUGGGUCGGCUUUGAAUGUGAUUCCUAUGACUGUUUUGAAGCAGUUGAAAGUGGAUGAGUCUCACAUUAAUCAGUGCAAUACAGUGGUUCGUGCUUUUGACAGAACAAAGAGGAACGUGGUUGGAAAGAUUGAGCUUCUAGUGGAAAUUGGCCCUGUCACUUUUGAUGUGGAUUUCUUUGUUAUGGACAUUUCUCCUGCUUUUAAUAUGCUUCUUGGGAGGCCUUGGAUGCAUGUUAUCGGAGCAGUACCAUCCACCUUGCAUCAGAAAGUCAAAUACAUUGUCAAUGGUGUUCUUGUCACGUGUGCUGCUGCUUCUUAUAUACAUCCAAAGUUCAGAGGGAAAUGGGCUGAAAUGGCUAAACUUGCUAGGGUUGCUACUAAGAUCAUGCUUGCAUGUCAUUACCAAUUGGGAGAGGGUUUGGGAUUGAAUGGACAAGGAAUUCUCGAGCCUAUUCAGGUAAUUGAAGCUUGGGGCAGUUUUGGCUUGGGGUAUAAGCCGAAGAAGGAAGAUUGGCAGAGAAUGCAUGCUAUUAAAGCAGAGAAGCGCCUUGCUAAACUUCAAGGGAAAGAUCCAAGGGAUGAACCAAUAUUGCUUGAAAUUGGGGAAUGUUCAAAACAAGCAAAGUUUGAGGAAGUAGUUGUGGAAGAUAUCACUGAUCAAGUUUGUUCUGAUAAUGAGGAAGACAGUUUUGGUUUUAACAACCUCUUUGGGCCAGCCAACAUGAUAGAUCCUAAGGAAAAGUGGAGAAGGAUGCUCGUUGAAAGCGCAUUUAUGGAGAAGCACCCCAACUUCCAUCUUGUUCAUCAUGCGAAAGCUCCAAUGGGAUCACAUGAGUCUGUGCUACUUGAAACAGUGAAAGAAGAAUUGUUAUAUGACUCGUGGGGAAAUUUGACUGUAAAUGCUCUAGAUGAGGAGGAACUUGAAUUUGAUAAGGGAAUUUCUCUGGUUAAUGGAAGCUCUCAGGCUAAUUGGAUAGCUCAAGCAAAGCUAAGAAGGAUGAAGCCAGAGGUUCUGUUGAAGGUCAAAGAAGAAGUGCAAAAGCUACUAGAUGUCAAUUUCAUUGAAGUAGUUAUGUAUUCGGGAUGGGUGGCCAAUAUUGUUCCUGUAAUGAAAAAGGAUGGUCGAGUUAGAGUCUGUGUGGAUUAUAGAGACUUGAACAAAGCAAGCCCCAAGGAUGAUUUCCCAUUACCUCACAUCCAAAUUCUGCUAGAUAAUGCCGCCAAAAAUGCUCGAUUUUCUUUUGUUGAUGGCUACUCUGGAAAAGACAACCCUCAUACCGGGAAUGACCAAUGCCAACAAGCCUUUGACAAAAUCAAAGAACACCUAAAAAACCCACCAAUCCUUGUGCCACCAACUGAUAAAAGGCCUUUCAUCCUAUAUAUCACUGUCCUUGAAGAAUCCAUGGGAGCAGUCCUUGUCCAACAUGAUGACUUAGGCAAGAAAGAAAGAGUCAUCUAUUAUCUGAGCAAGAAGUUCAAUGAUUGUGAAAGUAAAUACUCACCCUUAGAAACAACUUGCUGUGCCUUAGCUUGGACAUCCAAGAAACUUCGCCACUACAUGUUAACCAACACCACUUACUUACUUUCAAGAAUGGAUCCCAUAAAAUUCAUUUUUGAAAAACCUACCCUUUCUGGAAGGAUCUCUCGGUGGCAUAUGCUGCUUUUUGAAUUUGAUAUUGUUUACACAACACAAAAGACCAUCAAAGGGCAAGCAAUUGUGGAUCAUUUAGCCGAACACGCGGCAGAGGAUUAUGAGCCUAUUGAUUGGGAUUUUCCUGAUGAGGAAAUUUUGGUAGUAGAGGAAGAAUCUGAUUCAGAUAAUUGGAAGCUCUUCUUCGAUGAAGCUGUUAACCAGCUUGGUUGUGGCCUUGGAGUCGUGUUGGUUUCCCCAAAGGGUGAUCAUUUUCCUAUUGCUAUAAAGCUUGAUUUUGCUUGUACCAACAACAUAGUUGAAUAUGAAGCUUCACUAAUUAUAUGUCAAACAAAUGGUGAUUGGCAAACCAAGGAUCCAAAACUUAUUCCUUAUCACCAAUACCUUGAAACUGUCAUCAAGAAAUUCAGAUUCAUCUCUUUAAACCAUAUGCCCCAUACCAAGAACCAAUUCGCAGAUACUUUGGCAACUUUAGCCUCCGUGAUCCAAAUCUCCCAUGAUGAUUUCUUGCAAAAUGGGGAAUACCCUCUACAUGCUUCUGAGGUGAACAAGAAGACAAUCAAAAAAUUGGCAGCUUCAUACUUCUUGAGCGGAAAUACAUUGUAUAAGCGCUCUGUUGAUAUAACCUUAUUAAGAUUUGUUGAUGAGACAGAAGCAAAACAAGUCAUGACUGAGGUCCAUGAAGGGAUAUGUGGGACACAUGCAAAUGGAAGAAUGCUUGGUAAAAAAAUUCUUCGAGCUAGAUAUGGGCAACCAGAGGCCAUCAUUAUUGAUAAUGCAAGCAUUUUGAACAAUGACAUGAUGACUAUGCUAUGCAAUCAAUUCAAGAUCAAGCAUUUGAACUCUUCUUUAUACCGACCAAAGAUGAAUGGUGUGGUGGAAGCUACCAACAAGAAUAUCAAGAAAAUUCUAGCUAAAAUGACAGUUACUUACAAAGAUUGGCAUGAAAUGUUGCCAUAUGGUCUCCAUGCUUAUAGAACCUCUAUUUGUACUUCAACCAGGGCAACCCCUUAUUCCUUGGUAUAUGGAAUGGAGGUAGUACUACCAAUUGAGCUAGAAAUUCCUUCCAUGAGAAUUUUAUCCGAUUCAGGAAUUGAGGAUGAAGACUUGAUUUAGAAAAGGAUAGAUCACCUCAACUUGCUUGAUGAGAAGAGAUUAGUAGCUCUUUGUCAUAGUCAAUGCUAUCAGCGAUGAAUGGCAGCAGCUUACAAUAAGAAAGUCAAACCUAGAGUGUUUCAUCAAGGAGAUCUCGUCUUAAGAAAGAUCAUGCCAAAUG